AUGAGGGCACAUUAUUAUCAUAUUAAGGAACACAUCCUUCGCGGCAGUAAGAUGCGGGCCACACCACCUCCAGAUUACCCUACCAUCAAGAUAUAUGCGGAUCUAUCAGCGGUAACAUUAAGGAAGAGGAAAGCAUUUCACAAGAUUACAGCUACCCUGAGAACGCAUGGCAUUAAGUAUAAGUGGGGUUUUCCCACUAAGCUACUGGUUGCCAAAGAUGGAGGCAUUACUACCCUCGCAAACCCAGACGACGGUGCAAAGCAGCUGCAAGUAUGGAACCUACAAGUAACACAGACAGUGUCAACAGCCAAACCCGCGGGGAAACUUACUGCGGAAUGGAACAAGGCCGCUAAGAAGCAUUGA